GUGUGUGUGUGUGUGGAUUAAAAAUUUGACCAUCAUUUUAUUGGCCUGAAAAGAAAAAUAAAAACCAAAACCAAAACCAAAAAAAAAAAAAAUGUCCAAUCAUCAACGAUCGGCAUUAAAUGAUGCCUGUCUUGAUAUAUGGCUAUUAUUGAGAAAAAAUUUCAAGAUUCAAUUACGACAUCGACUGGCAACAUUUUUAGAAUUAAUCGUACCUUGUAUUCUAGUCCUAUUGGUGGCCAUUAUUCGUACAAAAGUUGCUGUCACCGAAUAUCCGCAACCAAAAAUCUAUGAUGAAUUUGAUUUAUUAGAAAUACCAAAAAUAUUGGAAUUAAAUUCCAACUUUAUGAUCUACUAUACACCGAAAACGAACCAAAAUGAUGAGAUUAUGAAAAAUCUAGUCAAUGAUUUAAAAAAACAAUGUUCCGAUUCAGUGUUCAAUCUUAAGAUGCCGUGUUCACCAGAGAUCAAAGGAUUCAAUGAUUCAUCCGAAAUGAUUGAUCAUUAUUUAGUGGAAAAAGAUUUUGUUCUAUGUGGUAUUGAAUUCGAUCAAUUAACCAAAUCAAAUAUUGAAUUUACAUUACGUUUCAGUAAUAUACCUCGAACUAUUAAACAAAAUCGAAUGGAAAUUAAUGAUUGGAAAACACAAAUGGUAAUGAAAAAUGUUAUGCCUAGUGGUCCAAGAGAAAAAAAUCAAACAAAUGGUGGUAUGCCUGGCUAUGAAGAUGAAGGUUUUCUAUUUAUUCAACAUUUGCUAUCAAUGGCCAUUGCUAAAACUUUAUUCGCUAAUGAUACCGAAGCCAUAAAUGAUUUACUUGAAAUCGAAUUAAAAGGACAACGAUUUCCAUAUCCAAAAUAUAUUGAUGAUUUAUUCUUAUUUAGUUUGAAUUUUCUUUUUCCAACAAUCUUUAUGUUUAGUUUCUAUUUUUCUGCCAUUAAUUUAACAAAAACGAUUGUAAAUGAAAAAGAAAAACGUAUGAAAGAAUCAAUGAAAAUGAUGGGCCUGAAAGAAAAAUAUCAUUUUAUUGCACAUUUUAUUAAAGCCACCAUAAUCAUGAUACCGGCAAUCAUUUUGAUUAUUGUAUUUUUGAAAAUUCGUUUCGCCACCAAUAGUCCACCGAUAUUGAUCACGGAUUCAACCAUAUUGUUUGUUUAUUUUUUUCUCUAUCAAACUUGUAACAUCUGUUUUUCUUUUAUGUUGAGCACAUUUUUUUCAAAGGCUAAUAUUGCUGGAAUUGUCACCGGAAUCGUUUCGUUUCUAACGUAUUUACCAUAUUAUCCGAUGAUACAACAAUACAAUAACUAUACAUUAUUGGCAAAAAUUAUCAAUUGUUUUAUGCCUAAUACAGACAUGUCUUUAGGUGUUUUCAUUAUGUUGAUACGUGAAACACGUGGCAUUCCAAUCACAUGGGAUAAUAUAGCCGAUCCGGCAAUACCGAAUGAUUCGUUAACAUUUUUAGUUAUAUUGAUUAUGUUCGUGGUCAAUUCAUUCAUAUAUUUAGUGAUCACUUGGUAUAUGACAUUAGCAUUUCCUGGUGAAUAUGGUGUACCAUUACCAUGGUAUUUUCCAUUUACAAAAAAUUAUUGGUUUCCAUCCAAAAAUCAUAAUGAUGGUGGUGAUGACGAAAAUGAUGAUGAUGAUGUUGUUAUUGUUCGUAGUAAAAGCAUUGAAAAUGGUAAUAUUGAUACGGAUACAAUCGAAGCAUAUCCAAGAAAUCUUAAAGUUGGCAUUAGUAUUCGUAAUCUUUGCAAAACAUAUGAUAAUGGCAAAACGUAUUCGGUUAGAAAUUUAAGUUUUAAUGUUUUCGAAAAUCAAAUUACAGCAUUAUUGGGACAUAAUGGAGCAGGAAAAACAACAACCAUAUCGCUGCUUUGUGGUCUAUUUCCACCGACUAAUGGUACAGCAAUCGUAAAUGGUUAUGAUGUUCGAACCGAUAUGAAUCGAAUACGUUCCAGUCUUGGUAUUUGUCCACAAUCGAAUCUAUUAUUCGAUGAAAUGACAACGGAAGAACAUUUGGAUUUUUAUUGCCGUUUAAAACAUACUGAUCUAACGGAUAAAGAAAUUCGACAUGAAGUUAAAACGAUGGUAAAAAAAUUGGAUUUAAAAGAUAAAUUUAAAGUUCAAGCAUGUAAUCUAUCUGGUGGAAUGAAAAGAAAAUUAUCGGUUGGAAUUGCAUUGAUUGGUGGAUCGAAAAUUGUUAUUCUUGAUGAACCAACAUCCGGUAUGGAUGUAUCGGCUCGGCGUUUUAUUUGGGAUCUAUUGUUACAGGAAAAAUUGGGCAGAGUUAUCAUUAUUUCCACACAUUUUAUGGAAGAAGCUGAUAUUCUUGGUGAUCGAAUUGCCAUCAUGGAUUCUGGUAGUUUACGUUGUUAUGGAUCUUCAUUAUUUCUGAAACGACAUUUUGGUGCUGGUUAUCAUUUACGAAUGGAGAAAAAAACCGCUAAUAUUGAUACGGAUUCGAUUACAAAAAUUGUCUAUGAUCAUGUGAAAGAUGCAAAGAUUGAAAGUUCUGUUGGCAUUGAAAUAACAUAUUCAUUACCAAGUGAACAGAUUUCAAAUUUUGGACCAUUAUUACGAUGUAUUGAAACCGAUCUUGUUGAUCAGAUUGUCAAUUAUGGAAUUUCGAUUACAACCAUGGAAGAAGUUUUUCUAAAAGUUGGAAGCCAUAAUCAACAGAAAACUGAAUCAUUAACAUUCAAUAAAAAUGGUGAAAAUUCUUUCUCUGUUAAUGUUGACAAAUAUAGCGACAACAACAAAUAUGUAACAAAAGUAAAAAAUUCUGGAUCAAAACUGAUUGCACAACAAUUCCGUGCAUUAUUAAUCAAACGAAUACUUUAUUCAUAUCGAAAUCCAGUAUUGACGAUAACACAAUUUAUUCUACCGAUUUUAAUUCUAAUCUCAACAUUAUUAAUGAUGCGAACAAUACCGCAAUUGGCUGCAUUUAGAAAAUUAACAAUGAGUCUGAAUCAAUUCCACAAUCCAUUGGUGAAAUAUUUUGUCCAUAAUGAUAAUCUUUCACUUUCGUUGGCCAAAGAUUAUGAAGAUGUAUUGAAACAUGAAAUCCGUAGUGAUAGAAUUAUUGCCAUUCCUAAUGUGAAUGAAUCGAUUGUUGCGAAUGAAAUUGUAUCGGUCAAUAAUUUUGUUUAUAAUUAUGAAUAUGUUACAUCGGCAUUAUUUCAAUAUGCAAAUGAUUCUAGAUUUGAAUUAAAAGUGGUUGCCAUGUUCAACGAUCAACCAUAUCAUACACCAUCGAUAUCAUUGAAAUAUGUUGAUCAAGCUCUAAUACGACAUUUGUUUGGCAGAAAAAAUCUACAAUUAUCCGUAUCAAAUUAUCCGAUGCCAUUGACUAUUGCGGAAAAAUUCAAUAAAAUUAAAACACCAAUAUCCGUACAAGGAGAUUUUCAAGUUAUACAAUCAAUCAUUAUGGGCUUAUCAUUUUUCCUGAGCAGUUUCGCCAUAUUAAUCGUCGAGGAAAGAGUUGUCAAAGCUAAACAUUUACAAAAAAUAUCCGGUCUUCGUAUGGCAUUCUAUUGGCUAUCAUUUUUGGUUUUAGAUUACAUACUUUAUCUAUUGUCGAUAUUGACGAUAAUCAUUACACUUCAGGCAUUCAAAGUGGAAAAUCUUCAUGAAGAUGAACAAAGCCUUUACAUAUUUAUUGGCUACAGUCUAUGUGGAUUUGCAUUACUUCCAUUUGUUUAUUCAGCAUCAUUUUUCUUCACUAUUCCGGCCACAGCUUAUGCGAGAUUAAGUCUAGUACUUAUAUUAAGUGGCAUAACAUCAAUGAUUGCCGAUCAAUUAACAGCAAUCAAAGAAUUUGAUUUAUUGAAUGUUAAUCAUAUAUUGAAACCAUUGUUUCAUCUAUUGAUACCGUUAUUUGAUAUAAGCAAAAUUACCGGUAAUCUUCAGACGAAUUAUCGAAAUAAUAAGAUUUGCCAUUUAGAAUAUAAUGGAAUGUCUAUUCAAGAUUUAUGUAAAUAUUUCAAACUACCACACAUAGAUGAUCGACUUGAAGCAAUUCGACCAUGUUGUAAAGAUUAUUGCCAUGAAGUUUGUUUGAAUUUUGAAGAAAAUUAUCUCUCAUUAAAUGAACCAGGAAUUGGAUUGAGCCUAAUAUAUGUGAUUGGUAGUGCUAUAAUCUAUUGGCUUAUAUUGUUCACUAUUGAAGUGAAUACGAUAGAAUCAUUGAAAAAUUUUAUUAAAUUAAUGAGUAGAAAAUUUUCAAACAACAACAAAUCAUUGCGAACAACAAAUUCUGGAUUAGAUGAAGAUGUACAAGCUGAAAAAUCAUUUGUCGAUAAAAUUGUUUCUACUGGCGAAUAUCCUAAAUAUUCAUUGGUCAUCAAUAAUCUCAAAAAACAAUAUGGAAAAUUUGCCGCCGUUAAUAAUAUCUCCUAUUGUGUAAGUAAAGGUGAAUGUUUUGGUUUAUUGGGUGUAAAUGGUGCUGGAAAAACAACAACAUUCAAAAUGAUAACUGGUGAUGAAACAAUUACAUCUGGUGAUAUUUUCAUUAAUAGUUUCAAUGUGAAAAAAGAACCAUAUAAAACAUUAGGAAGAAUUGGAUAUUGUCCACAAUUUGAUGCAUUAUUAGAUGAUUUAACCGGCCAAGAAACACUUCGAUUCUAUUCACGGUUAAGAGGAAUCAAUGAAUGUGAUAUUGCCGAACAAAUCACCGAAUUAAGUAGGUUAUUAUAUUUCGAAAUGCAUUUAAAUAAAUUGACAAAAACAUAUAGUGGUGGUAAUAAACGAAAAUUGAGUACAGCAAUCGCUUUAUUGGGAAAUCCAGCCGUUUCAUUUUUGGAUGAACCAACAUCUGGUGUUGAUCCAGUUGCACGAAGAUGUCUUUGGGAAGCAAUUGGCCGAAAACUUAAACAAAACAUUUCUAUCGUAUUAACAUCACAUUCAAUGGAAGAAUGUGAAGCCUUAUGUAAUCGAUUGAUAAUCAUGGUGAAUGGCCAAAUUAAAUGUAUUGGUAGUCCAUUACAUUUGAAAAAUAAAUAUGGUAAUAGCUAUAAUCUUACAUUGAAAGUAAUGCAAGAUAAACUUUAUGUAUCAAGUUUACGUCGUCAAUCAUUGAAUGAAUUGGAGAAAAAAAUUGAAAAAAUCAAAUCAUUUAUAUCGCAAACAUUUCCAACAAGCCAAUUGAAAGCUAUACAUAAUAAUCAAAUAGAAUAUGUAAUCCAGAAUCAAGAUGAUUAUGUGAUACGUUGUAGUGAAAUAUUCGUUGUGAUUGAAAAGAACAAAGAAACACUUAAAUUAGAAGAUUAUUCUGUAAGUCAAACAAAUCUUGAACAAAUUUUCUUAUCAUUUGCACGUGAACAACGUGAACGUCUUGAAGAUGGUGAAAAACUCAUGGAAACCACCGAAGAAGAAACAAGUUUUUAA